GUGCAUUCGGGGGCGUCAAGUCGAAAAAUCAGCUUUGCUGGAAACAAGUCUCAUUUCGCGGUCUGCAACCCCAACAACACAAUCCAAUUCCGCCAUCCUUAAUGCCCUCCUGGUUGUCGCCGUCCAGGUUUCUUCCUGGUUAGACGAAAGAGUCGGCCAUCAUCGACUGAUUGUCGACUUUCCAGCCAAUUUUUGCCGACGCGAUAUCGACCUUUUAGGCUUCAGGCUUCCCUCCCUUUCUCAUGCCUGUUGCUACGUCUUCGCCAGCCGUUUCACACCCUUCUGGCCUUUCAAAAAUGGAGGACAGGAAGAGGCCAGCCAUCAGCGCGACUGAUGAAAUCGCUCCUCCCAGCAAAAGGCAAGCAGUCAACGGAACCGUCAAAUCUCGGGAUGAUGGCGAGUCAAGGGACGAGGCCUGGAUUGAGGACUUUCAAAAAGAUGCAAUCUACCGACAGAUGCUUGAAUACCGCCGACAAAAAGCCACCUUGGAGACUAGAUUAGAAGAGGUGACGAAACGUUCGACGCAUCACGACGACCACCUUCGGAUAAUAGAUCAAUGGUUUUUGCAAAUGCUCGAUGAAAUCGAGCUCCUCGCUCGCGGCUCUCUUUCAUCAGAUAUAGAUUGCAAGGGAGAAUCGAUAUUGUCAUCAACCGCCUUACAGUUCAAAGAUUCAGAAGAAUUUCAAGAGCACCUGGGGGACAAGAAGAAAGUCAUCAGGUCGAAACUUGAAACGCUUUUUGGGUUAAUAACAGCAUCACGAGACGUCAAGUCUGAUGUUUCCGAGCUGGAAUCCCAAGUUAACAAGCUAUUAGCUGCGCAGAAGGACCUCGUCAUUAAGCUCGAUAGGUCCAACGCCGAAAAGGAUGCGCUGUCUGAACAGUUGGACACCGCCACCCUUCGAUACGUCAAAGCCGAGAAAAAGCUGGAUCGCGCCAAAAGCGUGCAGGUGCAGAAGGUUGAGCAGCAAGCUCAAGCUAUCGCCUCAGCAAGGCCGCCAUCUACGGAACGUUCGACCGAGGAACCAAAGUCAAAUGGACAUUCCGAAGCUCUUCAGCUCAAGUACGAUGAGGCUGCUGCUGUUCUUGCAACACAGGAGAAGCAGAUAACCGCUCUCAAGUCGGAUAUCAAGAGUUUGUUAGAAGAAAACACUUCACUGAAAGCUCGCAAAGAAACGGUUACCGACGAGGAGUAUUCGAGGACGGAUCUUUUCAAGCAGUUCAAGCUGCAAAAUGAGGAUCUCAUCAAGAGGGUCAACACUCUAGAGGCCGUAAACAAGCAACUGCGGGAAGAAGCCGAAAAGUUGCAAACCGAGAGGACGAGCUAUCGCGAAUUACUCAAUCGGGAAGCUCAAGCCAUAACAUCCGAUCUGGAGGACCAACUGCAGCAGAAGGACCAGGAUCUUACUCGUAUAAGGGCCUCACGAGACGAACUCAAUGCACAAUUGGCUGUUCAGAAGUCUAAGAAUGAACAAGAAAUUGCGUCACUGAAGCAUCUGGAGGAGCUGUCAGCAGCCAAGGAUGACAGGAUAGCUGGGCUGGAACAAGAGGUGGAAAGGCUGCGCCCGGCCUCGGACACAGCAAUGGCAACGUCUCGUGAAGACCUUGAAUCCAUGGCCGUGGCUGACCUGAUCGCCCGGUACAUGAAGCUGGAACGGGAUUAUGAACUGAUCCAAAGCGAGGUGCCUUCUGUCGAGAAGGCGUACAGGAAGGCAGUGGCAGUUGCACAGAAGAAGUUGACGGAUUUGACCACGCUCGAGACGAAGCUGUCGAAUGCGAUCACGGACCGAAACAAGGCCGAUCAGAAAUACUUCGCUGUGAGACGAGACACAGACGCGCGAAUCAACGAGAACAAGGCACUCCAGCAUCAAAACAAGACGAGCUCCACAAUAAUCACACAGCUUAAGGAGGUUGAGGCACAUACCAAGAUCCUUAUUGCCAACAUGGAGAAGCAACUAGCCGAGCUGAAGCAGUCCAACGUAACGAUCCUCGAAGAGAACCGCAAGCUUAAGGCCUCAAGCUCGGAUGCUUUACGACAAUACGAAGCACUCAAGAACCAGGCCGAAACCUUGAAUAAGCUUGUCAAGAACAAGGACUCUGUGGCCCUGUCGUUGAAGGACAAGGCAGCAUUGCACGAGACUGAGCUGGAAAGGGUCAAGACUCGACUGGAGCAUGCUCAGAAAGAGAGGGAUAACCUUAAAUCCAGGGGAUCUGGCGGUGCUUCAGCUGAGGAUGAUUUAAGGAAAUUUGCUCUUUGCAAUGUGUGCAACAGCGAGUUUAAGAACGCAGUGAUCAAGACAUGCGGGCACGUGUUCUGCAACGACUGCGUGCAGAGUAGGUUGGCGAACAGACGGCGCAAGUGCCCUUCAUGCGGCAAGGCAUUCGACAAGAUGGAUGUCAUGACCGUGCACAUGUAAUGACAAAUUUGGGCGGAAGUGGCAUAUACAUUAAACUCAAGUCUCGGCCGCGAGCACAUCACUGCCGGCGAUAUGAACAAUGUCGAUGCGGGAUAGAGAGGUUAUCGGGUGCCUGAUCGUUGUUGGCAAACUAGAGCCAUUCAAUGGGCUGUGCCGAGAAGCAGCAACCCUUUUUCUUUUUGCGAUCAGCUUACCACAAGCCAUACAAGCAUGUUUUGGAUCGAUGUACCUCUAGUUAUGUGUAUAAACAGGAAUACAGUCACGAGAGCUAAGAAAGCAAACAAGGAUAGAUUAAGAGGAUGUAUGGUGUCUCGAAGUCCUGCUGUAAUUCCUGUAUGAUAGCAAAAAAAUAAUCAUAUCUAUUUAUUUGUCUAAUCCGA